AAAGCAGCCUUCCGCAGCCACAGCGCUGUCAUAGCAUAAAUCACAAAGCUCUCAUACUCUCUUCUCUUGGCUUCUUGUUAAAACAGCCACUCCAAUUAACAUGAAUGAGGCAAUGGAAAAGGAUAGGAGGGACGAUGCAAAAGAUGGUUCGCCCCCAAAGGAAGCAUUGACAGUAGUGGAACAGAUACGAGAAAGCUUACAAUUGAACGACCAUGAAGUAAUGCCAAUCGCACUGGCUGUCGAUAUCGAGUCCAUGCAGCCACUUCCCUCUGAAACAGGAAUAGCAGAAAGAGAGCUACCUCCUGGUGCGUAUUUUACAGAUGCUACCAAUACAGUACUCACUCCUGCUGGAAAGACACCACUAAAUGUCUUGGGAGCGGAACUCCGAAUGGCCAACAAACCAGGCCUGACCAUCCACGACGAGAGCCACAAUGACAAUCCUGAUGCCACCCAGCCGUCGGAUGCCACAAUGACCAAUGAUUCAUCCUGCGGUCAAGAAGGACCGUCCCACUCGAGGUCGGCCGAUUUACUCGUGGCCAACCUAGUCAAUGCCGAGGAAGAGGAACAGACCAGAAACUUGCCCCAUGCGGAAGAAUACGAUCCAGAAGCACCACACGGCAGCCGUGCUCGUUCCAAAGACAAUAACCUUAUUGCCAACAAUCCCUGGAUGGUUUGGGCAGUCGGUGUCGUCUUGGUCGCAGCCAUUACCAUCAUCCUGGUCUUCACAUUGGCAGAUGGAUCAUCCAACAAGACUAGUUCCGUAUAUGCUCCAAACGCCACAGAUUCCCCACGUCCUUCUACGAACUUCACGCUGACUCUGGAGGAUCGCAUUCUCUCACUCCUGCCAGAUCACGCGCAUUUGAGACAAGCUACUUCUCCUCAGUCCCGUGCCUUUAAUUGGAUUCUGGACGAUCCCACAGUAGAAGAAUACUCGAACUGGAGAAUCCAACAGAGGUAUGCACUUGCCACUGUCUACUUUUCCACUGGAGGUGAAACAUGGGCUGAAAAUGACUACUGGCUGAGCUAUAUUGUUCAUGAGUGCAACUGGUAUGGAAAGAAGUCCUUUGCCUUGAAGGAAAGUCUGGUCCAUGUCUAUGACGGAUACCUGGAGGGGCUGUUUCCUUCCACGGAUCCUCCACCCGCAACCUGCCACAAGGAUGGAUCUUAUCAGCAUUUGUGGCUCGAUCAGAACAAUCUUGUGGGGUCACUGCCACGAGAGUUGUACAUGCUGACAUCUCUCAAGACUUUAUCCACUGGUUUGAACCAGCUUUUCGGGACCAUUGCUACCGAGAUUGGACAGCUCUCUCAACUGGAAGGAUUGGCAGUUUUCUCUCAUGAGAAUGGGGGAACGAUUCCGUCCGAGAUUGAGUUACUUACCCAUCUACAAUUUGUGGGCCUGCAUGACAACAAUCAUGAGGGAUCGAUUCCAUCAGAGUUUUGGCAGCUGACCAAAUUGGAAACUUUCAUCUCAUUUCAAAACCUCGGCCUCAAAUUCACAAUUCCUACAGAAAUUGGAACAUUUCCCAAGCUCAAAUGGCUUGUUGUGGAAGAUUGUGGACUGACAGGAACACUUCCAACAGAACUUGGUCAAAUAGAUACUCUUGAAUGGCUAGUAGUCCCUGGCAAUCACCUGUCUGGCACCAUACCGAAUGAGCUAGCCUUGAUUCCAAAUCUCCUCAUGAUUACCUUGCAUCGAAACCUGCUGGAGGGGACACUGCCUACAGAGCUGGGACUAUUAACAUCAUCCAAAUUAUUGUCCUUUAGCAGCAAUAUACUAACUGGCACAAUCCCAACGGAGUUGGGCCUCUCGGCAUCCUUGACAUUGGGCAUGAGAUUUGAAUCCAACCACUUCUCAGGAACACUCCCUACUCAGCUCUCCAACAUUCGCUCCAUGUAUGAGCUGUCCUUUCUUGACAACAACUUGACCGGCGGCAUACCCAGUGAGUUUGGGCUCCUCACUUCUGUGGGGCAUCUGAAUCUAGGCAGUAAUUUGCUUACUGGGACCAUCCCACAUGAGUUGUCACAUCUACAGCAAUCUUUGUAUGAGCUGACUUUGUCUGGCAAUGAGCUAUUGUCAGGGACAAUCCCACAGUCCUUGUGCAACAUCAAUGGCACUUGUCAGCUCAACAGGGUGGCUUCAUGUGUCGCUGGCGAGGGUCUACAUUUUGACUGCUCUGGUGCCCUGUGUGGUUGUGGCUGCUCUUGUGAAGCCUAGCAAGACUUUAGGAUAUCAGUUGGUUGGUUCUUGAUUCUCGGGUUCAAUUUCUGCAUGUUGUUCGAUCAGUUGAGCUAUUUCCACUCUCCUCGCGCAGGAACUGGGUUGUAAAAGAUCGGGCAAGUUGACACGGUAGAAUUCAUGGGUCGUCCCGCCUCUGGUUUCAUCAAACCGUUGCAAGCAACGUAAUCGCAUUUAUCUAACCACAUAGUAAGCCGAUCUAGGAAUCCC